CUACUACCAGUUAAGAAACAUGCAUUUAAAAGAAACAUUUUUCUUUUUUACAAGUAUAUUCUUAGUCCAUAGAAUGGCAAGGGUCAUAUCUAAUUCCACUUCUCAUUUUUGCACUAAUUCUGAGUAUCUUUGGACUUUUGGAUUGAUCUUCUUCUUAAAAUUCAAUCUUUACUGCUUUGAAAAUAUUUCCCCACUAAAAAUGUUUCAUGGCAAAAUAGUUUUUUUUUUUAAAAAAAAUGACUUCUCAAGCUAAGGAGCAAAAGUCAUUUUCUUUCACAAAAUUUUCAAACUUCCGUUCAAUUUGAUAAGUACUCAUUCAUUUUCUAUUUGAAAUUUUGAAUGUAAGUAAUAUGAAGUCGUCUUUGCUAAGAACCCUUUCAACCCUAAUGAGGAACCCUCUGUCCAUGUGGAUAUCAAGCAGCAGGUUAAAAACUAAAAAGAAGAAAUAAAAAAAUUCUGAGUUUAAAUUUUAUGAUUUCAAGAUUUAGGAAUUGAUGACAGAGACGGCUUAUUUGAUCAAAAUCUUUGUAAAAAGCAAAAUAGCUUUUAAAAAAAAGGAGGGCACUACAAUUGUACAAUUACUCACUUUAAUUUGGUAGAGAGCUUAAGCCCAAGUAUCGAGCUAUUCGGAAUUCUGGUAGAAAUGGCUGCGCCGGCGAUUGCUACGGUGGCUGGCACCAAAAUCUUUUCUUAAAGUUGAAACCCUUACUUUGUCAGUUCUCACUUCUCAGUUUUGUUUGGGCAAUUGGGCUUAUCAGCUGCAGCUGGAUUCGUAGCAGCGAUUAGGUUUAGUAGCUGCAGACCGAGUCGAUCGAAGCUUGUAGAAGCUCUUAGUUUACCAGAAGCAACAAACUUCUUCAAUUGGUUAAGCAACUGUUUUUUGAAAUUUGGUGAAAAAUUUAUCUGUUCAUCUCUAAUGAAAUAAGUAGCGGAAAACUUGAAAAGAAGGCUAUUUGUAUCUCUUCUCCUUCUUCAUUUUUAGUUUAUCUGCUGUAUCGGGUUUUCUGAAGAGAAAGGAAAAAUGCAAAAGAAUGAUGAAUCGAACGUAUAGAAAUGUAGUGAACUGGCUUAGCCCAAUCCCUAAAUUCCGUCCCCUGAAAUCAUCCAUUGAAUCGCUCUGUAAUGCCAAAAGGCUUACGGAAGCUCUAAGGCUUGCUUUUGACAACCCUAUCGAAGCAGACUAUACUAUUUACUCAAAUAUAAUUCAGCUUUGCAUUGACCUGAAGGCUCAUAAGCAGGGUCGUUUGGUUCACUCCCAUAUUAUAACUACUGGGUUUCCUUCAAAUGUUCAUUUGGGAACCAAGUUGAUCAUUUUCUACACAAUGUCUUGUGACAUGGUGUCCGCCCGCAAGAUGUUUGAUAAAUUGCCUGAAAGGAAUGUGGUUUCAUGGACUGCACUCUUAUCUGGGUACUCUCAGAAUGGGGAUUCACAAGAAGCCCUUAAUGUGUUUGUUGCUAUGCAUAGGGAAGGGGUGAGGGCAAAUCAGUUUACUUAUGGAAGUGUUUUGAGGGCAUGCACGAGUAUGUCAUGUAUAUAUUUAGGAAAACAAAUACAAGGGUGCAUUCAGAAGAGUAGGUUUGUGGAUAAUUUAUAUGUACAGAGUGCGUUGGUUGAUUUUAAUUCCAAGUGCGGCGAAAUGGAGGAUGCUUUUUGUGUUUUUGAGUUAAUGGCAGAGAGAGAUUUGGUUUCUUGGAAUGUCAUGAUUUCUGGAUAUGCUUUUCGAGGUUAUAACAUUGAUGCAUUUCUGCUGUUCCGUUGGAUGUUCAGACAAGGUAUACUUCCCGAUUGCUUCACAUUGGGAAGUGUUCUCAAAGCAUCUGUAGGAGGUGGCAACUGUGGUGGACUAGCGAAAAUCAGUAUGAUACAUGGAUGUAUCAUUCGACUUGGUUAUGGGUCGUAUAGUAUUAUUAGUGGGGCGUUAGUUGAUGCCUAUGUGAAAUGUGGAAACCUGGCCAAUGCAAGUUAUAUAUACAAGAAGAUGCAGAACAAGGAUAGGAUUUCCUGCACUGCGCUAAUUACUGGAUACGCACGUGAAGGUAAAAAUAUAAAUGAGUGCCUAGAACUGUUUUGUCAAUUACAUCGGAAUCAUAGGGAAAUUGAUAGCAUAAUUUUGUGCUCUAUGAUCAACAUAUGUGCCAAUACAGCGUCACUGUCUUUGGGGAGACAACUACAUGCUAUUGCGAUCAAAUAUCAAAGCACUCUUGAUGUGGCAAUGAGUAAUGUUUUGGUUGAUAUGUAUGCAAAAACAGGAGAAAUUGAAGAUGCCAACAAUGUUUUUCAGCACAUGACGAAGAAAAAUGUAAUAUCAUGGACGUCAAUGAUCUCCGCAUAUGGUGUGCAUGGUCGAGGAGUUGAUGCAGUUUCAUAUUUUAAGAAGAUGGAGCGCGAAGGCUUUGAGCCAAAUGAUAUAACAUUCUUGUCUCUCCUGUUUGCUUGUAGCCAUAAUGGAUUGACUGCUGAAGGAUGGGAAUGUUUUAGUGAGAUGGUUAGAAAAUAUAAAAUUGUUCCAAGAGAUGAGCAUUACUCUUGCCUAGUGGACAUUUUCGCACGCAGCGGCUGUUUGAAUGAAUCAUAUGAUUUGAUUUGCAGGAUGAAUAUAAAACCUAGUGCCUCUCUUUGGGGUUCAGUUCUUGGGGCAUGUAGCAUAUAUAGCAAUAUGGACCUUGGGAAGGUAGCAGCCAGGCAUUUGUGCAAUAUCGAACCUACAAAUGCAGUUGGCUAUGUGGUUCUAGCAAGUAUGUAUUCUGCAGCUGGCCUAUGGGAUAGCGCUUGGAAGGAACGGGAUGUGGUUCAAACUAGAAGGUUACCAAAAGAUCCUGGUUACAGCCUUUUUCAUUCUGGCAAUGAUAUGGUAGCACUUCUACCUACUGGCUGAUACAUGAAAAUGAUCCAGAUCUUCCUUGUAAUGUUUCAUACUACCUGGAUUUGUCGAAAGUGAAAGCCGAUUUGACAGAGGAAUCUGCUAAACUAGCCGACGCCAUUGGUGAUGAUUCUGAUGUAGCAAUAUGUACUACAGGUUUCUAUCAAAACAUUCUGGAGAGAAGCCAACCUAUUAUUGUACCAAAGCUGGAGAAAGUGGCUUCAAAUGAGGGGUUUUGAUGUGAAGCAAAAAGAUGAACCAUGGCAAUCCAGAGUAUAAAGAAAGGAGAAAAGGGCAGCUAGCAAUUGAUUCGGAGAUUUUUCAAGAUUAUACCUUUUCAUGUGAUGGAAAUGGAAGUGAACCAAAAAAAAAAUAAUCUGGGGACACAGUAUAAACUUAGAAAAACUUUCUUUAUUUCUAAAUUUUGUGUCGUCACAUAUAAAUUGGAACCGAGGGAAUAAUAUUAAUGUGCUUAGAACAUAGCUAAGAAAGAUCAAAGAUUAACAAUGGUACUUGUUCAAAGUAUAUAAACAGAUGUACAAUUAUCAGUUAAUUCAGCACGCAGUUUUCAUAUACAA